AUGGAUUUUCUUGAGAUUUCUCGUGAUGCCAUGUUAUCACGGCUGGACUUUCCAGCUCACAUUUGCAUUCCAAAGAUCAGAGUCGGCGCCGCCAUCGUGCGCCCGGGACCCCGUGGAGAUGAGACUUUGAUCAUCAAGCGCAGCCCCGGCCAAGGUCACUAUAACUUCUAUGAGAUCCCUGGAGGCAAGAUGGAGGAUGACGACGCCACGAUCCGAGACGCCAUCAUCCGAAUGGUCGCUGAGUUGACCUCGCUUGAGGUGAUUGAUAUCCAACAUCCUCUUCCACCACUCUUGGACAUCCGGCAGGAGGCAUUGAAGGGUGCCACAGGACUGGAUGUGAUAGAAGGGAAUAUGGCAGAGCACGAUCAGAUUAUCAAGCGUCCGGCCGUCCAGCUAAACUAUGUCGUCACUGUUGAAGGAGAUGGAUCCGACUUCAAGCUGAAUGAAAAGAGUCACGAGAUGGGAGUCUGGGCUCGUGGAGACGAUGCCGUUGGUAUGAACAUGGAGAAGAACAUGAGGAAGAUCGUAGAAGAGGCACUUUGCUGGACACCGGCCUUGUACGGACGGUGGUAA